AUGACCAUGUUUCUUAGAUCAUUUUGUAGCUCAAUUGCUUCAUAUAAUUCUUGUUCACGAUCACCAUGGUUUCCCUUAAUCCGAACUGCCAUUGUCCAAAAUGACUUGCUGUUGGGUAAAGCCACACACGCUGUUGCCAUAAAGCACAGAAACACGACAGCUGACCGCUUUCUAACAAACAAUCUAAUCAGCAUGUAUUCCAAGUGCAGCUCUUUAAGCUCCUCUCGCCAUCUUUUCAAUGUAACUCAGCACAAAGACCAUGUUACAUGGAAUUCCAUUUUGGCUGCUUAUGCAUUCAACUGCGAUUUGCAGACAGGUAUUGUGGAAGAGGGUUUGCAUCUUUUUAGACUUCUUCUUAGAUCAUGUGAUUUUAAUAAGCUGACAAAGUUGACAUUUGCUCCAGUUUUAAAGUUAUGUUUGAUGUCAGGUUAUGUUUGUAUUUCGGAAUGUGUACAUGGGUAUACUGUGAAACUUGGGUUGGAAUCGGAAGUGCUUGUUUCGGGAGCUCUUGUUAAUAUUUAUAUACGGUAUGGUAAGAUAAGAGAGGCGAGAUUGACGUUUGAUAACUUGGCAGAAUAUAAUCGUGACGAGGUCUUAUGGAAUGUGAUGCUGAGAGCCUAUGUAAAAACAGGACUUCAAGAGGAAGCAUUCCACUUCCUGUCAGAUUUUCAUCGGUGUGAGGAUGUAAAUCUGGAUAUUGACAGUGUGCAUUGCGUUUUUAGUGCGUUUGCUAAUGAUGCUUGUACAAACAUGAAGAAUAUUGAGCAAGUACAAGCGUAUGCUAUUAAGCUAUCAUUGAUAGACAAUGAAUUUGCUAAAGUAGUAUCACCGAAUAAAACCAUUUCCCAGUUUUACAAAUCUCUUGAUUCCGUGAUGCCACUUGGUGAACUAAACUUGGGGGAAAAGAUUCAUGGUAUAGCUUUGAAAUCAGGUUGUGAUAUCGACAUUGAUGUAUCCAAUCGUUUAAUUGACAUGUACACAAAGAUGGGAUGCUUCAAAUCAGCAAAAAGAGUAUUCUUUGAAAUGAAAAACACUGAUAUUGUUUCAUGGAAUUCAAUAAUAAGAACUUAUAAGCAAAGUGGGUCAGGGGAAGAAUCUGUGGACUUGUAUAUGGAUAUGUUAUGCAAUGGCCUACAACCUGAUCAUUUCACAUUUGCAGGCGUGUUAAGCACGUGUACUGCACUUCCUGCAGGUUUAUAUCUAACUGAGCAAAUCCAUGUUCAUGCACUUAAAAGUGGGUUUGAUAUCGACAUCAGUGUUUCCACAACACUAGUUAACUCUUACUCGACAAAUGGAGGAAUAAAACAAGCAGAGUCACUUUUUCUCGAUAUAGAUGAAUUUGAUUUGGGACUGUGGAACACAAUGAUUUUUGCGUUUAUAAAUAGUGGCAACAGUUAUCGAGCAUGGGAGCUCUUCAUUAUGAUGCAAAGAGUUGGAUACAGACCAGAUGAGAUUACGCUAGCAACCAUGACUAGAGACUGCAGGUUACUAAAAAGUCUAAAUCUUGGGAGCCAAGUUCACGGCUAUGUUCUGAAAUUCGGGGUAGAUCAAGAUUUGUAUUUAAGUAGCAGCCUUCUUGAUAUGUAUAUAAAAUGUGGAUACAUGGUGGACGCCGAUAGAGUUUUUCAAGAAAUCGCGUCUCCAGAUGUUGCGGCAUGGACUUCUAUGAUAUCUGGAUGGGUAGAAAAUGGAGACGAGAAUCGUGCCCUUGUAAUAUACCAGAAAAUGAGGAAAUCUGGUGUAUUGCCUGAUGUUUAUACCUUUGCAACGUUAAUCAAAGCGAGUUCUUACUCAACUGCAUUUGAACUAGGAAGGCAAAUACAUGCUAAUGCUAUCAAGUCCAAUUGUGCUUUAGACGCUUAUGUCAUCACUUCACUUAUAGACUUUUAUGCCAAAUGUGGUAACAUACAAGACUCUUUUCGGGUAUUCAGAAGAACUCAUGUCAAAGAUAUUGUAAUUUGGAAUGCUAUGUUGGUGGGCUUGGCUCAAUAUGGUCAUGGCAAAGAUGCACUUGAUCUUUUCAAAUAUUUGAUAUCAAAUGGUAAUAUUUUGCCUGAUCGAGUCACGUUUAUUGGAGUGCUCUUGGCUUGUGGUCAUUCUGGAUUAAUUUCAGAAGCUUAUUCGUAUUUUGAGUCAAUGGUUAUAGAUUAUGGCAUAGAAGCUGACACCGAGCACUACUGGUGUCUCAUAGAUUGUCUCUGCAGAGCCGGAUAUGUUCAAGAGGCAGAGAAACUGAUCAACUUUAUGCCAUUAGAAACUUGUGGUUCAAUGUACAAAUCCGUGAUCAGUGCUUGUCGGUUUCAAGGGGAUAUUGAAACUGGAAAACGGGUGGCAACAAAGAUUUUAAAACUGGAACCAUUUGAUUCAUCAACAUAUGUACUUUUAUCUAACAUCUAUGCAUCUUGUAACCAAUGGAGUGAGAUGGCCCAUGCUAGGAAGAACAUGAAGAGGAAGAAUGUUAAAAAGGAUCCAGGAUUUAGUCGGAUAGAUGUAAAAACUAACACCCUUUCAUUCGUCGUGGAUGAUAGAUUGCAUCCACAACGUGAAAUGAUAUAUGAUGAGGUCGAACAUUUGAUAAACAUGAUAAAAGAUGAUGAGUACAUUGAGGAUACAGACUCGAUCUGUGUUGCUUGAGGUUUAGGAAGCAAAAAAAGAACAAUGUUCUGUUUGGUAGCAUGGAAUGGUCUAAGGAAUGGAAAAGCUCAUUCCAUUUCCAUCAAAAAAUAAGUGCUGCAAGUGUUUACAGGUGCGUUAUGUAUGUGUGUAUGUCCUUCCUCUCUGCUCAUCCUUCCCCGUUCCUAGCUUAGCUCUCACUAUUGAAGCUCGUACACAAUGAGCCUCUCACGUUUCACUGAGAUUGCCGCUUAGUCCUUCUCAAAAGCCUAAUUCGUUCGCCUAUGAAUAGUCAGAAAAGUCUAAUUCUCUCGCCUAUAGGUAGAUCUGAUGUGAUAUAAAAAAAAACGUCUGGUAUGAAAAUAGGGCUGCAU